AUGGAAUCUUCUUAUGUGCCUCCCGUCGGUAAGAAAACCAGUAAGCCGCCCAGGCCAGUGCAUGGGCAACGGCCUGCGCAGCGGCCGUCGAGGCAUGUCUGCUUCGUCUCACAGCCAGCGCAAGCAGGCGUUUCUUGGCAGCACGACGCCAUCUCCACCCUCAGGGUGCCAGCUUACUCUGAAGCAACAGUGUCGUGGGAGCAAGCCGCCGUGUUCCUCCUUCGCUUCGCGGGAGCCAAUGCGGAAUGGGGGAAGGCCUUGCCUCGCCGGCGCGCAUGGAAACAGCGAGUGUGGCUGACCCCCCCUGUCAGGGGCCAAAGCAGGGCCAGCAGGGCGCGCUGGCGUUUGACUCAGCCACGCCUGCAGGCGCUUGGCUCAGCCCUAUACGAUCCCGUUGUGAUAUUCGACGAGUUGGAUCACAGUCCUUACUGUGACGCCAAAUCACUGCACGUGUUCCAUUUUGAUCGGGGCCCAUUGGCUGGUGAUCUGCGCACCUUCUAG